GCGGCGGAGGCGCGGGGCCACCCCCAGGCCGAGCCGGGGCGGGACGGCGCGCGCCUGGCGGCGGGGCACCCACACAGCGCAGCCGGCGCCCCCGCGGGACGCGAGCGCGCGAGCUCCGGGGCCAUGGAGAAAGCGCGGCCGCUGUGGGCCAACCCGCUGCAGUUCGUGUUCGCCUGCAUCUCGUACGCCGUGGGCCUGGGCAACGUGUGGCGCUUCCCCUACCUGUGCCAGAUGUACGGUGGAGGGAGCUUCCUGGUGCCCUAUGUCGUCAUGCUCAUCGUGGAGGGAAUGCCGCUCCUAUACCUGGAACUGGCGGUCGGGCAGCGCAUGCGCCAGGGCAGCAUCGGUGCCUGGAGGACCAUCAGCCCCUACCUCAGCGGCGUCGGUGUCGCCAGCGUGAUCGUCUCCUUCUUCCUGUCCAUGUAUUACAACGUCAUCAACGCCUGGGCCUUCUGGUACCUCUUCCACUCCUUCCAGGACCCCCUGCCGUGGUCUGUCUGCCCGCUGAACGACAACCACACAGCCUAUGACGAGGAGUGUGAGAAGGCUUCGCCGACACAGCACUUCUGGUACAGGAAAACCCUCAACAUCUCGCCAUCCAUCCAGGACAGCGGGGGCGUGCAGUGGGAGCCAGCACUGUGCCUUAUCCUGGCCUGGCUCGUGGUAUACCUGUGCAUCCUGCGGGGCACUGAGUCAACUGGCAAGGUGGUGUAUUUCACUGCGUCGCUGCCCUACUGUGUGCUCAUCAUCUACCUGGUCAGGGGCCUCACGCUCCAUGGAGCCACCAAUGGCCUGGCGUAUAUGUUCACUCCUAAGCUGGAGCAGCUGGCCAACCCCAAGGCCUGGAUCAACGCAGCCACCCAGAUCUUCUUCUCGCUCGGCCUGGGCUUUGGCAGCCUGAUUGCCUUCGCCAGCUACAACGAGCCCUCCAGCAACUGCCAGAGGCACGCAAUCAUCGUGUCCCUCAUCAACAGCUCCACCUCCAUAUUCGCCAGCAUCGUGACCUUCUCCAUCUACGGCUUCAAGGCCACCUUCAACUACGAAAGCUGCUUGAACAAGGUGAUUCUGCUGCUCACCAAUUCUUUUGACCUUGAAGACGGCUUUUUGACAGCCAGCAACCUGGAACAGGUGAAGGGCUACCUAGCAUCUGCCUACCCCAGCCAAUACAGCGAGGUGCUCCCGCAGAUUAAAAACUGCAGCUUGGAGUCAGAGCUGGACACGGCUGUCCAGGGCACUGGCCUGGCUUUCAUCGUCUACACUGAAGCCAUUAAGAACAUGGAGGUGUCCCAGCUGUGGUCGGUGCUGUACUUCUUCAUGCUGCUGAUGCUGGGCAUCGGGAGUAUGCUGGGCAACACGGCCGCCAUCCUCACCCCGCUGACCGACAGCAAGGUCAUUUCCAGCCACCUGCCCAAGGAGGCCAUCUCAGGUCUGGUGUGCCUCAUCAACCUUGCCAUCGGCAUGGUGUUCACCAUGGAGGCCGGCAGCUACUGGUUCGACAUAUUCAACGACUACGCUGCCACGCUGUCCCUGCUGCUCAUCGUCCUGGUGGAGACGGUGGCCGUGUGCUACGUGUACGGGCUGAGGAGAUUUGAAAGUGACCUUCAGGCCAUGACUGGGCGCACUCUGAACUGGUACUGGAAGGUCAUGUGGGCCGGCGUGAGUCCCCUGCUCAUCAUCAGCCUCUUGAUCUUCUACCUGAGCGACUACAUCCUCACGGGGACCCUGCAGUACCAAGCCUGGGACGCCUCCCAGGGCAAGCUUGUGACCAAGGAUUACCCCGCGUACGCGCUGGCCGUCAUUGGGCUGCUUGUGGCCUCCUCCACCAUGUGCAUUCCCCUGGUGGCCCUGGGGACUUUCGUCACGCGCCGCCUCAAGAGGGGAGACACAGCCCCCGUGGCCUGAGAACUGGGCUUCCCAGAGGCGGCCGUCAGCUGCUCACUGUUUCACAGCUACUAUUUACAGGUGGGAUCUCCUCGGCUGCUUUUUACAGUAGUUACUCCAGAAGUCCUCAAACCAUCCUCUUCGUGAGUCUAUAAAGAAGAAUUAGGAAGGGGUAGAGGAAGAAGACCCCCUCGGGAGAGCCCACGCCCCGCUCACCAAGCGGCCCCUUUUCCCCUCGCUCUCCCCCAAGGUCACCAGCACUCAUAUGCUGGCUCCUUGUCACCAAUGAGGCAGGUUUUUCAAGGCCCGUCUUGGAAGACGAUUGCUUCCUUGAUUCUAGGAACGUCCUGGACUUAGGGCACACUGUGAGCUGAAAUUUGACUAUCAUUCUUAUGGAAAAAAAAUGUAAGCAUUUCUUUUUCUAAAAAGAUUUCAAAAUAUUGGAGGGCAGCCAUUCUCAGAGCAGCUUGAAAAGGAGUUUUUAAAGUGCCUGAGAUGACAAAUCUGGAUGUCACUGGUGCAGAAUUAGUUCUCGUUUUUUAGUCACAGUGAAUAUUCAACGGCUGUGUUCUCCUCUGAUAGGGUUGACUGGCCCUAGAGAAAGGAGGCCUUUGUUUGGGACCCACGCAGGGGUCACUUUUCUCUCAUCUAAGGCCACUCACAGCAGAUCCAAAGCCAGUCUUCUCUAUAAAAAUGGCCCCAACUACCGUUUGCAACCCCAAAUCACCGCUGGCGUGGUUCCGUGAGGAAUAGGUGUAGACAGCCCCUGCCCCUCAUGUCUCCGUAUAUUGGAAACGGUGCCAGAUAACUGUGAGGAUGAAAGUGCGUCCAGCCUUCCCGCAGACUUCACGUUACAUUUGGGCAUGACGGCCAACUCUUUGUAGGAAAGACUAAGAAUACUACUUACAAUCAAUUUUAAAUUAUUCUCUGUACAUAAGUUUUCUAAAAUGUAUAUAACUCAAACAGAGCAUCUUGUAACUGAAGACACACGGUAUUUAUGAUACAGCUUUCAUCCACCAUGCGAAUGUCUCCUGUCUUUUUUUUACUGCAGUUAAGUAGGUCAAGGUUAGCCCUGAAGUGUUUCUGCUCUAACAUCCUGUGCUUCCCUGAGACCAUGGAAUUCAGGAACUGGUCCUUGGGGUAGAUUUGCACAGACAUCUUUGAAGACACUUUGCUCAGCUGGAGAUGUCUUUGUAUUGUAACUUCUUUUCGUGCUACCAGCUUUCCUACAGCGUCAGGAGGGCCUUCUGCUGUCUUGAACUGCCAUCUUAUCAAUACUUGCACUUCACCAAUGGCCAGUUAUAAAAAGGUCAUUUGCCUUUAAAAUGGAUGAACCAGCAUGUAUCUACCCCAAAUAGUUAGUCCUCUGAUUUCUCAUCAGAAGUUUCCUGAGGGCUGAAAAACUUCAGAUAUCAAGGCUUGAAGAUAUCAAGGCACUCAAUGGCAAGUGCAUGGUACAGAGUCUGUUCCUGAACCCUUAGAGAUCAGCUACCCCCAGCCCCCUCCCCCGUCAUGGUCACUGUCUUACAACAUGGGCCACCCCUCCUGGGGUCAGUCAGCAUCAGGGCAUUUCUGCCCCAAAUGCCAGGUGUCUCCAGCAGCGUAGAGACAGAUGUCCUAGCUCAUUACUUCUGUCACACUCUAUUUCCAUGGUCUGCACAGCCCAUUCGAACCACCUGGAAGAAUUUAAAACCUGAUGCCCAGGCCAUGCCCCAGAACCAGCCAAAUCUGAAAACCAGAGCCCCAUUUACAAAAGAAGGAAAAUGUAUCAUACAUUUAGGAAUAUUUACAUCAAUAUGACCUUUUAAAAGUUUGAAAGCAUUUUUGAGCAUUUCCAAUCAUAUGGAAAAGUCACUUCCACAGAAUAAUUUUUGGUCACAGAGGUCAGAGAGCUGAAAUCCCACUAUUUGCAGCAAAAUGUGCUCCAGGUGAAGCUGUCUCAAGUUUCCAGUCAGUGUUCCUCUGGUUUCGGUGGAUUGCAUCAAGAGCGGAAUGUUCUCAAUAAUUCUCUUGAGCCAGUGAUAAGUCCUGUCUCAAAAAAUCCUUUGUUGACUAUUUUCUAGGUACUUCACAAAAUGGGUCACCUUGUUAUUUGUCCACUCCAUCUCCCGUAAGCUGGAGAGAAAAAGGGACUUUCCAUCCCUGUACACUUAACAGUAACCAUGACGACAAGGCCAAAUCACCAACUCCAGACAGCUUUCUAUUUAUACUGGACAUGUAAGGACCCUUGACUUAGCGCUAAGAAAUCAGGUGGGGAAAUAUUUGGUUUUUAAGCAAUUAUCAUCAAUAAAACCCUAAACAAGUAUAUCUACAGGGGUUUUUUUGUUGUUGUCAUUUACUGGUUACUUUUUAAAACCUUUCUCUGAACACAAAAUUUCCCUUUCUGAUGCAAACACACAAGCUAAUUUUGAAAAAUGGAAAGUAGGGAGCAAUCGGUUAGCUCAGUUGGUUAGAGUGUGGUGCUGAUAACACCAAGGUUGCCAGUUGGACCCCCGCAUGGGCCACUGAGCUGCGCCCUCCCUAAAAGAGUCAACUAUGCGAUUGUGGCAUGAAAGCGACGCGUAACCAUGUGGAGGGGCUCU